AUGUUCGCCCCAAAGGAGAGGACCAUUGUCCUGAGGCACCAUCUGCCUCUCUGGCUCACGUGGGAGCUUCCAGGCUGUAAGGUCAGCUCUGGCCGCCCUGACCAAGGACCACAGAUGGGACAGCUUAAGCCGCACACGUUCGUCCCUCACGGCCUGGAGGCCGGACAUCCAGGAGCAAGGUGUUGCCAGGGCCUGGUUCCUCCUGAAGCUUCUCGCCUGGGCUUGGAGGUGCCACCCUCUCCGUGUGACCUCCUGCAGUCCUCCCCUGUGUGUGUCUCACUCCUCACAAGGACUCUGGUCCUGUGGGAUCAGAGCCCGCCCUACUGA